AUGACAUACGUCCGACGAGACCCAAGACUCCUGGCCGACCAGAUCCUACCCUUUGAGACGCGCGACAUUCUCUGGAUCACAAUCAACGGCCUGACGGUAGUCAACUUCUAUCCAGAACGACGAGACGCCUUGGGCACACUUCUCCGAUGGCCUGUUCCGCAACGCUGCCUCGUCGCUGGCGACUUCAACGCCAGACAUCGAAGCUGGCAGUCAGGCCAGACUACGGAACGCGGCCAAGAAAUCGCAGGCUGGGCGUCAGAGAACGACCUCGAUCUCCUCAAUACUCCCGAUAUCCCGACAAAUUCGCAUGGCAACACAAUUGGCCUCGCCUUUACCAAUUUGCCAUUUGCUGAGGCUACCGUCGAGGACCAUUUAGCAGCCACCUCUGACCACUUCACACUCAGUUUGACCAUCCCCGACAUCAACUCCGCUCCGAUACAGCCGGGCAAGAUUCGAGUGACAACAGAAGAUGAGCUAAAACGGUUCGUCCGGAUCGCAGCUGGCCGACCUUCACAGGAAGGCGGCCACCCAGCGCCCUGGUGGACAGAGGAGUGCGCCUGCGCCGCGGCCUCAUUCUGGGUCAUCCCAAGGAGUUACCCCCUCGGCUUCAAUUUGGAUGUCCAGAUGGCCAAGAGAGACUUCUAUCGUGUGGUCCGUCGAGCGAAGAGGAAGUGUUGGCGCGAACUCAUCGACAGCUUCUCCAGCAGCAGUGCUCUCUUCGGAGCCGUCCGGUGGCUGAGAUCCCUAAGGCCCUUCCAAUCGCCUCACCUGCAGGUUGACGACACUAGCCGUGUGGCACGUCGUUGGGACGCACAUACGUCGCCUAUUCGAGAGAUGCCUCAUCACAGGCCAUCACCCAAAACCAUUCAAGGAGGUGGAGGUGGUCAUGAUCGCGAAGCCUGGACGACGAGACCUCACAAUGCCAGGGGCUUAGCGACCCAUCUCCUUGCUCCCCUGCCUCAGCAAGGGCUUGGAGCGGCUGGUCUAGCAUGGGCCGCCAUCUACUAUAAUGUCUUGCAUUCGCAGCAGGCCGGAGCACUGCCCAAGAGGUUGACAAUAGACCUGGUGAUCGCCUUGGUCCACGAUAUCGAAGAAGCAUUCGUACGCAAGGUGGCCACCCUGGUCACGAUGGAUAUCCAGGGCGCCUUUGACACCGUCAUGCGCAACAGACUAGUAUUGCGUCUCCGUGAACAGGGCUGGCCCGACCAUCUCGCCAGAUGGGCCGAGUCCUUCAUGAAGGAUCGUUCAGCCCGCGUGAGGUAUCAAGAUACCCUCACGCCCUUCGCUCCUCUCCAGUGUGGCCUGCCUCAGGGCUCACCAGUAUCGCCCAUCCUCUUCCUGCUCUACCAUGAGCCAAUCUACCGACUAGGCAACCCUCAGGGCUGCGCCGACUACGCGAACGACACGGCUAUCCUUUCUAUAGGCGACACGACAGAUGAAACCACUGCCAUGGCCUCCAGCUCCAUCGAUGGGAUGGUUCGAUGGGGUGCAGCAAAUGGCAUUUCGUUCGACCCGAAAAAGACUAAAGUCAUGCACUUCUCUCUCAGCAAACUCAGGACCGUGUCGGCCAUACGCCACGGCGAUACAUAG